AUGGAGGGUGAGAAAUACGCUAAGGAGCUGGAUGUGGCCGUCAGAGUCGUUCACAUGGCGUGUUCUCUGUGUCAGAGACUGCAACAGGGGAUUGUUUCAGCUGGCAGGGACCUGGUUAAGUCCAAGGAAGACGAUUCUCCUGUGACUGUUGCCGAUUGGAGUGUGCAAGCUACUGUUAGCUGGAUACUGUCUGAAUUCUUUGGGAGUCAAAAUGUAUCCAUUAUUGCUGAAGAGGAUGUACAAACUCUCUCUAAGGCUGACUCAGCAAGUUUGCUAGAAGCUGUUGUGAACACUGUGAAUGAAUGCCUAGCUGGAGCACCCAAGUAUGGUCUUAAAAGUCCACCAGAAGCCCUCAACACGUCUCAAGUUCUUGAGGCUAUCAGCCGAUGCAACUCAGUAGGAGGCCCCAAAGGAAGACAUUGGGUACUUGAUCCUGUUGAUGGAACAUUAGGGUUUGUUCGUGGGGAUCAAUAUGCUGUAGCUCUAGCCUUGGUUGAGGAUGGAAAAGUUGUUAUUGGAGUACUAGGGUGCCCUAAUUAUCCAAUGAAGAAGGAAUUGCUCAGUUAUCAUUAUCAGUACCAUGAAACCAUGUCAAGGCUAUCUCCACCUUCUGAUGAUAUGUGGGAAAGAGGUUGUGUCAUGUAUGCGAAAAGAGGCAGUGGUGAGGCAUGGAUGCAGCCACCAAUCCCUGGAGAUAAGAAGUUUGUGUGGCCAAAUUCUGCAAGACUUGUUCGGGUUUCUUCCAUCGAUGACCCCAAACUGGCUACUUGUUGUGAACCUGUGGAGAAAGCAAACUCAGACCACUCCUUCACAGCAGGACUUGCUCACAGCGUAGGGCUUAGAAAUCAGCCCCUGCGUGUGUAUAGCAUGGUGAAAUAUGCAGCCAUAGCUCGAGGAGAUGCUGAGCUAUUCAUGAAGUUUGCAAGGACUGGGUACAAAGAGAAGAUAUGGGAUCAUGCUGCUGGUGUUGUCAUUGUAGAAGAGGCUGGAGGUGUCGUAACUGAUGCUGGAGGCCGCCCCCUGGACUUUUCAAAGGGACCGUACUUAGAAGGACUUGACAGAGGCAUAGUUGUUUGUUCUGGGGCCACACUGCAUGAGAAAAUCGUUGAUGCAGUGUAUGCCAGCUGGGAUUCUUCUAAUUUAUGA